AUGGAUUUCCUUUUGGGAAAAAAAGUUGGUCGUGGAACCUUAACCACUAAAACCACCUCUACAACCCUAACCACCAAAACCACCUCCACAACCUUAACCACUAAAACCACAUCUACAACCCUAACCACCAAAACUACCUCUACAACCCUAACUACCAAAACCACCUCUACAACCCUAACCACCAAAACUACCUCUACAACCCUAACCACCAAAACUACCUCUACAACCCUAACCACCAAAACCACCUCUACAACCCUAACCACCAAAACCACCUCUACAACCCUAACCACCAAAACCACCUCUACAACCCUAACCACCAAAACUACCUCUACAACCCUAACCACCAAAACCACCUCUACAACCCUAACCACCGAAACCACCUCUACAACCCUAACCACCGAAACCACCUCUACAACCCUAACCACCGAAACCACCUCUACAACCCUAACCACCAAAACCACCUCUACAACCCUAACCACCAAAACCAGCUCUACAACCCUAACCACCAAAACCAGCUCUACAACCCUAACCACCAAAACCAGCUCUACAACCCUAACCACCAAAACCAGCUCUACAACCCUAACCACCAAAACCAGCUCUACAACCCUAACCACCAAAACCAGCUCUACAACCCUAACCACCAAAACCAGCUCUACAACCCUAACCACCAAAACCAGCUCUACAACCCUAACCACCAAAACCACCUCUACAACCCUAACCACCAAAACCAGCUCUACAACCCUAACCACCAAAACCACCUCUACCACCCUAACUACCAAAACCACCUCUACAACCCUAACCACCAAAACCACCUCUACAACCCUAACUACCAAAACCACCUCUACAACCCUAACCACCAAAACCACCUCUACAACCCUAACCACCAAAACCACCUCUACAACCCUAACCACCAAAACCACCUCUACAGCAAUGACCAGUAACGCCACCCCCCUAGUCCUGACCACUUCAACCUUAGGAGAAAAUUUCUUCUCUAAUCUGCGACGAUCCAGGAGCCUGGAUAGGAUGCUUGUCUUUGACGUCAUGUGCCCAAACAAUGAUAACCUCGGUCAUUGA